AAAUUUUUCAGAUGAAUGUUCCCAGCUAUGAAAUGUGUAGGGAUCUUAACUAUAGGAAAGAAAGAGGAAAAUAUGGUGAUGACUUUCGAUUCAUGUUGCGUUCUGAGUUUCGAAACUCGCUUUGUCAUCAAUACUUUCCAUACAAUCGACAAACUGCACGAGCUCUUCUCAAAGAUAAACAUGUGAUGUUUAUCGGAGAUUCACUAAUCAGAGCAAUGUACAAGGAUAUGGUUUCCCUUAUUACGAGUGGAGACAUUUGCACUGUCAAUCAAUUGCGUGUUAGCAGUGAAGAUACGUUUUUGGGUGAUAGACAUAUUGAUUUUCUCAAGCUCGAAGCGAACAGAGUUUUCCGGCAAGCACGAGAAUUCAGUUCAAAUCGUCAACUUAUUCAAUAUUAUUUUACGAAUCGAGCAAUGAGAGAGGAUCUCGAAAAAACAUGUAUGAUGAUCGAAGCAACUGAUGAAAGACCAGAUGUUGUUGUAAUCAAUUCGGCAAUUUGGGAUGUUUCCCGUUUUCCAGGAAGAUUUACUCAAUCUUGGCAUUCAAGAGAUAUGGAUGAUCUUCUAGAAGAGAUUAAUGUUGUCGAUGAGUAUUUUAAUCGAAUCGCUAUGUUUUGUCGCAGAAUGAGGGUUCUUCUGCCUCCAUCGUCUACGGUCAUCUGGGUGCUCAUGCCUCCACCAGGAACUCCCGAAACAACCAAUGGAUUUAUUGCUCUCAAUCAAUUGACAUUCAAUGAAAUUAGAGUUAGACUAUUGGAAGCCAACGCUCGAGCUGCUCAAAUUGUCCGAGAAGCUGGAUUUGAUGUACUCGAUUUGUCUUUUCACUUCAGGCUAUCCAAUUUUCAAGCUUUCCGAAUUAAAGAUGGUGUACAUUUCAAUACAAUUGCCACUCGUUUCAUGAAUCAACUUCUUCUUGGACAUCUCACAACUGCAUGGCAUUUAACUGAUUUAGUAAAUAGAAAGUGGCCGUUGACUACAAAGAAUCAAACAAAUAUUGAACUCCUGCAUUGUGCAACCGAGUUCCUCGAAAAAUGUGAUAAUGGAAAGCACAAUAACGAAAUUUUACAUCAAAAUCUACGUGCCAUGUCUCUUGAUCAAUGCGAAAUCACUUCAUCUCCGGGUACAAGUGAGAAUCCGAAUAAUUUGGAAUCAUUGGAUCACUUGCUAAGAGUUUUACUCUUUUUCGGAAAAUUUUACGAGCGAAGUCAACAAGAUGCGAGUGUUCACGAAAGAGCGUUUGCCGGAUCUCUUCCUUACGAGUUGUCCAGAUUCUCACAUAAGGAUUUAGAAAACAUUUCUGUUAUGAUCAAAAAUGCUUGUGAAAACUGGAAAGGUAGAACAGUGGGUCUGCGAGUAGCCACAAGCCAGAAGCGAAUCCAUGAAGGUGUAAAAAAACCAGCACUUCUACCAAAUCCUCAUAAUGGACCAACUCCGGGUCAUUUUAUAAAUGGCAAUAAUCCUUAUAGAAUCGCCGACGCCAGUCCACCUUCGUCAAGUCAGUAUCGAAAACGACGUCGCUUCUCCGGAUCUCGUCACGAAUAUCGUUAAUCUAUGUGUACAAUGUGUUCCCAACGGGUGUUAAACAGUUACAUGUAAUAUGUCUCAGGCUUUUUACUCCGAAAUUUUAUUUCCCAACAUUUUACAAACCAUUAUUUGGUGUAAAAUUUUAUUUAAUUGUUUUCAAAUUCUUAAAAAUUACUAGUUCCCGUUCAAACUGAACAAGAGAUAAUAGUAAUUUUAAUUAUUCAUUAAUGAACUCACAAUUUGUCAGUUUCUUUAAAAACUCAAUUGUGAAGAAUGAUUUUUCCUCGUAAAUUCGAAAAAAAUACUUGGAACUGCUCAAAUCUUAAAAAAUAUUUGAAACACAAUUUUUCUAACUUUCUAUUUUUAAUUUAACAUGUCUUCUAAAAGGCUCACAGGCUUAUUCAGAUGAGUCUCGGUGCACAAAAAUGUAUUGUAGUUUUGUGCCUGCUUCCUCGGAUCUUUUCCAUGUAAAAGAUAAAAUAAAAACGAGGAAACUUUCAUUAAAAAUGCCAGGAAAAUAAACGAAGCUGCCGCAAAAAUUAAAAAAAAAAGAAUACCAUAAAUUAUAAUGCGUGCCGAGACCCAUUUGAAUAAAUGCAUGCGCCUUUCAGAUCGCAUGUCAAAAUCUUAUAAACGUACGAUAACAACUUUUAAAUUGUGCUAAACUUUCCUUAAAAAUAUAAAUUUUCCGAAA